GUCGAACGUCAAACGUUGUUUUAAACUUCACGGUGAUCAUUAUUUUAUUUUUAUUAUUUUUGUUGAAAAAAUGGACGAUGAAUUUGAAACGGUAACAAUUCCUAAUCUAACAAAAUUCGUAACAGAUUGCUUUUUAGCGCUAAGUGUUCCCAAAAUUCAAUCCGAAAUAAUGGCGGCAUCUAUAGUCGAAGCAGACGUUAUGGGACGUAAUUGCGAAGGUUUAUUCACCUUAGAGACCUGCAUAAUGGACAUAUAUUCAGGUCUUAUAGAUACCAAAGCUUCACCAAAGAUCGAUAAAGAAUCACCUGCUACUGCUUGGGUGAAUGGAAAUAAUGCCUUAGGUCCUGUUGUAGCAAAAUUUUGUAUGAAACUGGCAAUCCAGAAAGCCAAACUUGUUGGAACAGCUAUUAUAGUAGCGAAACAUUCAAACCAAUUCGGUACUGCUGCACGUUACGCCAAGUUGGCCUUGGAGGAAGGUUUGAUAGGUUGGGCAUGUUCAAACACUCAUCCUUACAUGGUUCCGAAUAGAGCAAAAUACGCAUGCAUUGGCACCAAUGUUUUGUCAGUAGGUGCUCCAGGUCUUUUUGGGGAUUAUUUCCUCCUAGAUAUGUCGACCAGUGCAAUAUCGCCUAAUUCAGUAACGGUUAAAGGUUACAAGGAAGAAUUUUUGCCCGUAGGUUUGGCAUUGAACGCCGCAGGGUUAGCUGAAACUAACUCUGAUGUAGCCGCAAAAACCAAAAACUUCUUGCCUCUAGGAAGCGAAGAGAGUAGUUCAAGCUACAAAGGAACAGGGCUAUCUAUGAUGAUUGAUAUACUUUGUGGCGUACUUGGUGGGUCUUAUUACUCCAGCGAAGUAGGCAUUGUAAGAACGGAAUUUUUAAACAAAAGAGCUAACAUCAGUCAUUGCUUCAUCGUGAUCAACCCAAAAUAUUUUGCUCCUGGGUUCGAGAUGAGAGCGAAUAGUUUUCUGACUUAUUUGAGGAACUUGGAGCCCUUGGACCCUAUGAGACCAGUUAAAGUGUCUGGAGAUGGUAGUAGGGAUGUUUUUAAGCUUGUAGAAAAGAAUGGUGGCUUACGCUAUCCGAAGUAUUUGAUCGAUUCUGUGAAUAAGAUUGCUAAAAUGUUGAAAGUAAAACCUCUACAGGUUAUACCUAAACCUACUGCAGUUAUGCUAACGCCUUCGCAAGAAUUGGCAGUCCGACUAGAGAUGGAGGAAAGAGCAAAGAGGGUUAUGGAAGAGGAAUCUAUUAGUGUGGAUGUUGCUGUUGAAGACCUUGAAAGUGUGGCUGGAUCUAUGCACUCGGUAUUCGAUAUAGAAGAAGAUCCUUCUGAAUGGAUGCUCAGAUGAUGGCAAUUAAGAGUGAAGAUGUUUCAAAUCCGAUAAUUAGAGCCUAAAAUGUAUGAAUAAAAUGAGGAAGUAGAA